UCCAUCUGGCAGCAGGUUGCAAAUGGCAGCUCUCUAUUUUUCUUGAGAAUAUGUUUUGAGAAAUCUAAGGUUACUAAAUCAAUCCAUAGGAGAUGAGACUGCCAAGUUUGAAAAGGGCAGGAGCAAUCCUUGGCCUCACAUCAAUAAAAGAGAAAAUAUCUCAUAGGGGCUGAGGGAAGGUGGAGGAGAUCCAUAGUUUAAAAAAAACAAAAACAACUCCACUGAACUCAGAAACUGUAUAAGAACAAAGAAGCUGAGAAGUGAAGUGCAGCCACCAUUGGGAAAGACUCAGUUCUGACAGAGAGACAAUUUUAUUUCCUACCAAAAUGAAGCUGCUGCUGCUGCUGCUGCUGGGUUUGGAGCUGACUCUAGUCUGUGUCCACACAGAAGGACAAACGAGUGCCAUCGGAAAGAACUUUAAUCCAGAAAAGAUUGAGGGAGAAUGGUAUUCUGUUGGCUUGGCCUCUGACAAAAGAGAAAUAAUAGAAGAACAUGGUAGCAUGAGAGUUUUUGUGGAGCACAUCCAUGUCUUCAAGAAUUCGUCCUUAGCCUUUCAAUACCAUACUAUUAUAAAUGGAGAGUGCACCGAGCUGUAUUUAGUUUGUGACAAAACAGAAAAGGAUGGUGAAUAUUAUGUCAAAUAUGAUGGAGACAAUAUCUUUAAGGUACUUGCUGCAGACUAUGAUGAUUAUAUUAUACUUCAUCUCAGAAAUAUCAACAACGGGGAAACGUUCAAGCUGAUGGAGCUCUAUGGCCGGAAACCAGAGUUGAGUUCAAACAUCAAGGGAAAGUUUGUGGAUCUAUGCAAGAAGCAUGGAAUUGUUGAGGAAAAUAUAUUGGACCUAACUGGGUGGUACCUGAUACAUGAAUGUGUUCUUGUUCCCACCCUGCAGAUCGCUGUAUCCAGGCCCGAGAUGGAGGGGAGGCUUGAGCCUCCAGGUGGGUAAUUUUCAGGUGAGAGUGAA